CUGUGGUUUUUCUGUAUAUGUUUCUGGAGUCCUGAGCCUGGGCUAAACAAAAGCAGGAGGCUGACGGGGCUGCUGGAGUUUGCAGAGACACGGAGGAGGAGAGAGCUUGGGCUUUGCCUGCCGCCACGGCUGGGGGUGAUCUGGCUUCUGCUACAGCCCACCCCCUUUGAGAUCACUCUGGCCCGGAGUGGGGGUGGGGGGCAGCGGGGGGUGGGGGGGAAAGUUUGCAUUGCAAUCCCCCUGCCUUCCUCUCCUUUCUCCCGAUCAAUGCAUAUUUGCAAAAGGAUUAAGCCACAGAUUUAAGCGCCGGGAGCCCAUUUCUGCCUUGCAAAGGAGAUCGGACUGAAAAACCCAAAGGCGGCUCUGAUUUCUUUUCGCCAAGUGGGAAGGUGGUUUAUUUUUCUUGCUUUUUUGGAGUCAACACCCUUCCCCACCAGCCCUUAUCCCCACCCUCACCCCGCAACCCCUUCACGCCCCCUCCCCCUCCCCAUCCUCCCACCAGCCUCUAAAGAGGCAAAGAGAUUUUUUUUUUUCCCUUUUGGUCUUCUUCUUUUUUUAAAACCCUGGUCCCUGUUUAUCCUGAAAAGGAUUUGAAGACAGCUUGAAGGAUAAAAAGCCUCGGUGCUUCCCAGGCGCCGAGCCGAGGAGCCGAAGAGGAAGAGCCGGGGCUGCCGGAGCCUUCAGAGAUGGACGAGCAGCCGAGGCUGAUGCAUUCCCACGCUGGGGUCGGGAUGGCCGGACACCCCGGCCUGUCCCAGCACUUGCAGGAUGGGGCCGGAGGGACCGAGGGGGAGGGCGGGAGGAAGCAGGACAUCGGGGACAUUUUACAGCAAAUUAUGACCAUCACAGACCAGAGUUUGGAUGAAGCGCAGGCCAGAAAACAUGCUUUAAACUGCCACAGAAUGAAGCCUGCCUUGUUUAAUGUGUUGUGUGAAAUCAAAGAAAAAACAGUUUUGAGUAUUCGGGGAGCCCAAGAAGAGGAGCCCACAGACCCCCAGCUCAUGCGAUUGGACAACAUGCUGCUAGCAGAAGGAGUGGCGGGGCCUGAGAAGGGCGGAGGUUCAGCAGCGGCGGCGGCGGCAGCGGCAGCUUCUGGGGGUGCAGGUUCAGACAACUCAGUGGAGCAUUCCGAUUACAGAGCCAAACUCUCACAGAUCAGACAAAUCUACCACACAGAGCUGGAGAAGUAUGAGCAGGCAUGCAAUGAAUUCACCACCCAUGUGAUGAACCUCCUUCGAGAGCAAAGCCGGACCAGGCCCAUCUCUCCGAAGGAGAUCGAGCGGAUGGUGAGCAUCAUCCACCGCAAGUUCAGCUCCAUCCAGAUGCAGCUGAAACAGAGCACAUGCGAGGCCGUCAUGAUCCUGCGCUCCCGGUUUCUGGAUGCGAGGCGGAAGAGACGGAAUUUCAACAAGCAAGCCACAGAAAUUCUGAAUGAAUAUUUCUAUUCCCAUCUCAGCAACCCUUACCCCAGUGAGGAAGCCAAAGAGGAGUUAGCCAAGAAGUGCGGCAUCACAGUCUCCCAGGUAUCAAACUGGUUUGGAAAUAAGCGAAUCCGGUACAAGAAGAACAUAGGUAAAUUUCAAGAGGAAGCCAAUAUUUAUGCUGCCAAAACGGCUGUCACAGCCACCAAUGUGUCAGCCCAUGGAAGCCAAGCUAACUCGCCCUCUACUCCCAACUCAGCGGGUUCUUCCAGUUCUUUUAACAUGUCAAACUCUGGAGAUUUGUUCAUGAGCGUGCAGUCACUCAAUGGGGAUUCUUACCAAGGGGCCCAGGUUGGAGCCAACGUGCAAUCACAGGUGGAUACCCUUCGCCAUGUUAUCAGCCAGACAGGAGGAUACAGUGACGGACUCGCAGCCAGUCAGAUGUACAGUCCGCAGGGCAUCAGUGCUAAUGGAGGUUGGCAGGAUGCUACUACCCCUUCAUCAGUGACCUCCCCUACAGAAGGCCCUGGCAGUGUUCACUCUGAUACCUCCAACUGAUCUCCCAGCAAUCGCAUCCCGGCUGACCCUGUGCCGCGGUUGGGGCAGGGGCAGGAGGGAGGGUUUCUCUCCCAACGCUGAAGCGGUCAGACUGGAGGUCGAAGCAAUCAGCAAACACAAUAAGAGUCUCCUUCUCUUCUCUUCUUUGGGAUGCUAUUUCAGCCAAUCUGGACACUUCUUUAUACUCUCUUCCCUUUUUUUCUGGGUAGAAGCCACCCUUCCCUGCCUCCAGCUGUCAGACUGGUUUCUGUCAUCUUCCCUGGCCCCUGCUCUCUGUCAUAGACUCCCCGGUUCCUGCCCUCUAUUACUUCACUGAAGGAAUUUUUUUUUCUUCCACAAUUAGAGGAAUUUAAAAAGGAAAAACAAAUUACAAAGAAAACAAUAAACGCAUUUGUAUGUUUUCAUGCUGGUGGUUUGAGGAGGCAAAUUUACCUCACUAGGAGCCCUCAUCCCUAUGUUGACAGGCAAUCCUUCUGUCUCCCUUGUUACUCUCACUACCUCUUAGCAGGAAUACACCACACUGCCCUACUCAUUCCAAGCCACUCUGUCUCCAUUUCCCCCUUCUUUCUGGGAACAAUCCUGAUUUCUUCCUCUUCUUUCUGGCCCCAGGUGUUUGUUGGGGAUGGCCAUAACUGGGCUUCUAAAGGUGCCACAUGUCCCAAUGUAGUUCCAUCAUGUUGAGUCCUAGACAGGAAGUCCAGCAGGUAAGGGCAUAAAGAACAGUAGAGGCAGGGCUCCUAUCAGCUUUCUCAUCCUCUUAGAAACACCUCUUGGUCUUAGAGGCACGGUCUAUGAACAUCCAACCGUUCAGUGUUCAGAACCUCAGGCAAGCCAGGUCUAAGAGAGGCAUCCUGUUGAGGGUGCCUACAAAGAGUGAAGGAUCUCAUCCUGAAAGGCCACACUGUCCCUUCAUAGACACGCACACACAUACGUGACACACAGGUGGACACAUGCACAACCUCACAGCUUUGCUUGGCAGGAUGCUACUGACCUCUUGUCAGUAACCUCUGCUACAGAAGGCCCUGGCAGCGUUUACUCUGAUACCUCCCAGAUGGUCUCCCAGCAAUCAAAUCCUGUAUGAAUACGUACAUUAGCAAUCAUAGUGCUCUAUCUGGUGAGCCCAAGAGAGGAGCAGUAUGUGGCUAGGGCUUCUAGGACCCACUAACAUGUACUUACCACAGUAGGAUGUGCAGGACUUCAUUAACAUGGAUCAGGAUUCAAGUGUAAAUUGUCUUCAUUCCUCCCACCUCUGAAGCUCUAAGGGAGCCACACACAGGACUUCCUAUAUCUAUGAUGGAUUUGGAUGAUAUGUUUGUUUUUUUUUUUUUAUUAUAUUAUCUUUUCAAAAUAUUAUAGUAAACCAUUGUCUUCACUCUGGAUUUUUCCUCCAGAGAGGAGAAUUGUAUAAGUAUAUGGUUAACUUUUUCUAAUUAAUUUGAAGACAUAAGAAUCAUAGAAUAAGGAUGAUGAAUUUUGUUGUUGUUGUUGUUGUUGAGAAAAUCAACAGUGACCUAUCUAUAUGCCAAGGGAUUGACAGAAAAAUCACAGUUGCUAGAAAGGUAGUCUUGCUUUUGACGUGAGCUUAAAUUCUCCAGAUGGUUCUGCCAGCCAGCUUUGUCAGUAGAUUAAGUGGCAAGUGGUCAGAUAUCUUUGGGGCCUCAUGCACUUCCUCUGUAAAAUGGGAAUUGUUAUCCUUGGCUCACCAGGAGUCUUGUAAGAGACCUGAGACACUGGUCUUGCUUGUAUUUAAUCUCCAGGUCUGAUGGUCAGGGAAAGCAGUGUCCUUAUUAAUGAACAUGCCAUGCUAGGUCAGAAUAAUACGUUGUUUUCUUGUUCUAAUUUCUGCUUGUUCUCAGUCCCUUGAUGCCAUCACCAUCGUGAGAGUGUUUCAGAGGCUUUCUGCUCUGAUUUGUUCUGUUUGUCUUCUUAGGAUAGAGAAGAGAUUCAAAACUAGAGGUGUGGAACCUGGUUUUAUUAGUUUCAACUUGAAUCCAAUUAUGAGGCCUUGCAAGUCCUUGUCCCUAUGACAACUCUUCUGCUUCGGGGACUCCCAGGAAGAAGUACAAGAGCUUGAGGGCUGAGAGACAAGCCCACAGCAGCAAACACAUUCCACAUGCAGUGAUAAAUAGACAUGCUUCAUGUGUGUUUGGAGGAGUUGGGCACCUGGAACCUGAGGGGACUGAGUAUUUGAAGAUAAUGCAGAACGGAAAUAUUUGGCAAAUGAAAAUUUGUCCACCUGACCCAAGUCACUAGAAAGAUUGUCAUCUAACCUGUGCCAUGCUCAGAAUGGGUUGCCUAGAAGGGACAACAUGUGUGUGUGUGUGUGUGUGUGUGUGUGUCUGUGUGUCUGUGUGUGUGUGUGUGUGUGUGUCUGUGUGUCUGUGUCUGUGUGUCUGUGUGUGUGUGGUGUGUUAGUGAUGAGAACCGGUGAUCUUUGUCUUUGUGGCAGGAAUACACUGAAACCACUCAAAGAAGCAUGGUUGGAUCACAUCAUUUUCCAUGAAGCACAUUAUAAGAUUUACUCAAGGGUUCUCUUGGAAACAAGAGUGACCCCAGCUCUGGAUGGAACACAAGAAGGGACAUGAGUGGAUCAGGCCACAGCAGUGCCACCCUCACAGAAUGCUUCUCUCUAGGCAGUGGUUGUGCUGAGAGUCCCACCCACCCAGCACUUCAUUAGGCCUCCUGUAGGUCCAACACGUAGCCAGCAGUCUGUUCUCCAUGCCCACUGUCACCUCCAGUGUGGCAGCCACCAGAUCUCUGUGAUCAAGCAAGGCUAGGGAAAACUGGUAGCUUCCAGAUUGAAAUGGAAAGAGUGUGCCUCUAAAAACUAAGCUCCCUACGACUAGGUCAGGUCAACUCUAUAGAUCCCAAAAAAACUGUGCCCGAGAAUUCUUCAUAGUCUUUAAGUACAAGUGGGAGUGCUCUGUCUUCCACAAUAGCAGUUCUCUCUCUCCCAGAAAUGGUAGCAGACCUUGGGAUUGCUACCGACCUUGGGGUUGCUACCUAUAGCUUGUUUAUCAUCGCCUCUUCCCCUUAGAGUAGAAUGGACUUCUGGGUAGCUGUUGAGCCCACAGGCACCUUCUCUCCACUUCCUUCCCUGUGGUAGUAGUACUUAAUUAUUCUUAUUUUUACUAUUAUUUUGAUUGCUUUCGCUCACACCUAUCUUCGCUUCUUUCUUCCUCCUCUUUAUUUUUUCUGCCCAGAAAAACCUGACUUCGAUACCAAAAAAAGAUAAAACUACAGAAACUCAAAUUUAAAAAAAAAAAAAAGAAAAAAAAAGAAAAAACUCUUAGAAAAAAAAAGAAAAAAGGAAAAAAAAAACCUCAACAAUUCUUUCAGCUUUAUUAACAUUUUCCAUUGUUUCUUGCGAAUUGUGUCUCGUUCUUUGUAGUAUUGAUGAUGAACAUUUGAUAAUGAAUGUUCUUGUAUAUUCAGAUAAAGAAAAAAAAAAACCAAAAAAGCGGUCUGAAUUUAAUAGUGUUUAUAAUAAAAAAAAAAUUUUAAAAAUGACCCUCAUAGCACGCAAAAACAGAAAGGGGAAGUGUCCCUUCUCUCUGUGACAAUACACAUCAUUCCUGCAUAUUUUUUUUUAACACCAAACUACCUAUGUUCCUCAUUUCUCCCGUUUUUAUUUUUUAUUUUCUUGCAUUUGUGAAUUAGUUCAAGAAUGCUAGAAAAGUGUCAAGGUGUGUACAUCCAUUUCUUCUUUCACGAUGUUUAAAAGUGACCGUAAUUCAUUUUGUAAACUAAGAAAAAAAAAAAGGGAAAAAAAAAAAANAAAAAAGNAAAAAAAAAAAAGGUUGGGAUAGUGAACAUAAUAGGUUCAACCUAACACAUUAUGUUUAUUAAUUUUGAGACCCAGAAAUGAAUUCUUCUCUUGAUUCCUGCUCUUAAAAAUACAAAAAAGAGAAAGUUUUGUUUUGUGUUCUUUUUUGGUUUUGUUUAUUUGAGGGGGGGUGCUCCUUUUCCCCUGUUGGGUUUGUGGGUCUUGCUGGGUUUCUUCCUUACAUGUGUAUACAGGGUGAUGUGAAAAGAGGUACCCAGGAGAGAAGGCUGCUUCCAUGCUCUGCGUUGCCUUAGUCCAUGGCAAAACCAAUGAGAAAGCCCAUGGCCUCGUGUCCCUGCUUUCUUGCAUGCCCAGGGUGUGUGGCACUCUGAUAGUCCCUGAGAUAACAAGACAGGGACUUGCUUCCUUAAAUACUCAUCAACGCUGUCCAGGGGAUCUCUUACAUUGAAAAGAAAGGCUUUUGUUGAUUUAGAUUGUCCCAACCAAGGGUUUUCUUUCUCCCUGAUUAACAUCAACAGUCCACAAGAAUGCUUCCAACAAGACUGGGAUCUUUCUCCAGGCAGAACUCCACAGGACGUACUGUUGUGGAGGGCACCAUUACCCAGUAGAGUAGAACUGUGAAGCAGGCCCUGGGCCCAUCUUGUUGGGAUCCAGAGUCUCGUAUUCUGUGUGCAGUGUGGGUGAAGUGAGAAGCCAGGGUCAAGGCUGCAAUUGGAAUGCUAAGAACUGUCUUUCAAUUGGUGCACUUGUUGCUAACCUCCAGUGAGGUUAAACUCUCUUAAAUUGCCAGAUGGGCUUCACCAGAAAGUCUGUACUAGUCAUAGGGAAAAAGAAAGCCAUGUGGUUAGACAGACUUUCAGUUUCAGACAUUGCUCAUUCAAACACUCAGAAAGCAGACAGAAUUCCAACCAGAUUCAUGAAGAAGACAAGCUUGAGAAGCGAAGCUCUGCUGUAGGAAGCGGUCCACCUGGAGACAGCUUAGCUCUUGUUUCUGUGUCCUGAGAGAUGAAAGGCACCCUUUUCACGUCACCUUUGUGGUUUUCAGUCUAGCUCAAAGCUUUCUGGAAACUUAUUAUUAUUUUUUUUUUUUGUAAGCUACUUUUUUCCCUUUCGUUAAAAUAAAUAAAACAUUGAAUGUUUCGCCCCCUUUCUCUCUCUAUUUCUUCUUCCCUUUGGGGGUUUCAUUUUGAAGUGUGUUCCUUUGCUUGUUGGGUUUAUCUCCCCCUCACUUUUUCUCCUUAUCAUUGAGAGUAUAAACCUGCAAAGCUCAGCUCUACUUUGGUUUUGAAAGUUUAAGCUUUUCUGCUUCUGUCCGAGCACAGGCCUCUGUCCCCUUCGAUUCCAGCUGAACGUUUGUGUUCUCUAAUGAUACUAACAUGAUGUAGGUUUUACAGUCUCCUAAUUUGUACUGGUAAUGCAGAUUCCAAAUAAAUAGUUUCUUUUGUUGCAAAAA